UUGGGUGAAAGGUAAAAGUUCAGAGUGUGACGCUUGUUGCCGUGUCGGAUUGGAGCUAGAUCGCCCACACACACAUCUUUUCCCCCUUUCCCGAAUCCUUUGUACCCACCCCACCCCCGCGUCCAUACCCUUCCCGAAGGUCCAGCUUUUGUGACCAAAAAAAACCCUUGCUUACCACCUUCAAGUUACUCUUCAUUCAAGCUGUCAUUAUGGACUCCAGUGUGAUAGAAGGAGGGCUCAAUGUCACCCUGACCAUCAGACUACUCAUGCAUGGAAGUUGGAAGCAUAAUCGGCAAGAAAGGUGAAUCUGUGAAGAAAAUGAGAGAUGAGAGUGGUGCACGGAUCAACAUUUCAGAAGGCAACUGUCCAGAGAGAAUCAUCACCCUUGCAGGCCCAACCACUGCCAUCUUUAAAGCAUUUUCAAUGAUAAUUGAUAAACUAGAGGAGGACAUCAGUAGCUUUAUGAACAACAGUACAGCCACCAGCAAACCCCCUGUGACCCUGCGUAUUGUUGUGCCAGCAAGUCAGUGUGGGUCCCUCAUUGGGAAAGGUGGCUGCAAGAUUAAAGAAAUACGAGAGUCAACUGGUGCCCAAGUGCAGGUUGCAGGAGAUAUGCUGCCAAACUCCACAGAGCGCGCCAUAACCAUUGCUGGCACCCCACAGUCCGUCAUUGAGUGUGUAAAGCAGAUCUGUGUAGUAAUGCUUGAGUCUCCUCCAAAAGGUGUGACCAUCCCAUACAGGCCCAAGCCAUCUGGUUCCCCUGUGAUCUUCGCUGGAGGACAGGCAUAUGCCAUUCAAGGACAGCAUGUGAUCCCCCAACCUGAUCUUACCAAACUUCACCAGCUAGCUAUGCAGCAGAGUCCUCUCCAGCUGACACCUAGCAACAAAGGUUUUACAGCUGCACUAGAUGCCUCUGACCAGACGGGUUCCCAUGAGAUGACCAUUCCAAAUGAUUUAAUUGGAUGUAUCAUUGGCCGGCAAGGAACGAAGAUAAAUGAGAUCAGGCAGAUGUCGGGAGCUCAGAUUAAGAUCACUAAUCCUGUGGAGGGAUCUUCUGACCGCCAAGUCACCAUCACCGGCUCAGCAGCCAGCAUCAGUCUAGCAGAGUACCUCAUCAAUGCCAGCAUACCGUCUUCUAAACCUACCUCCUUCUACCUGAACCCUGAACAGGCCCUCAGCUCCAACUUGUACCCUCCCCUCUCUACUUGCACCUUACCUGCUGCUGCUGCUGCUGCUACUACUACUACUGCUACUUCCUCUUCCUCCUCUGUAUUCCCCUCUUCCUCCUGUGUGGUGAUGCCUUCCGUCUCCAUUUCCCUGUCCUCCCUUUUGGUAUCAAGCCCUGGUCCUUCCUCCACCUCCUCUUCCUCUGCGUCUCUCUCUUCCUCCUCAGCCUGUGUCUCUAGUGUGCUCAGCAUCAAGCCCCUGCCCCUCUUGUCACUUCAUGUUGUUAAUGGCCUGUCUCCUGAGCCUAAACUUAGUCCUGAGCUGGCCUCCAAGCCCAAGAAGCGCAGACUCUCACCAUAUUAAGAAACUUAAUUUAAAAUGUACUGAUUUAGCUCUGUGUUUGAGUUUCAUGUCUGGCUAUGUUGUAGAUGAUGUGAUAAAAUACUAGGACUGCAGCAAACAUUUGAUAAUUGAAGAUUUGAAUAACAGUGUUGGAGUUUUAGAGUUCAAAUCUGAUGUAAUAGUCUCUGUCUUAAAGCAGGCAAAGUCUAAGUAAGUUUCUGGCUGCUAAUAGCUAAUUGUAAAUUUAUUUCUGAGACCAAAUGAGAGUGCACUAGUUGCUUGGAGCAGUAGGAGAUAUACCCGAAGACAAUACCAACAUGUAAUACAGUCCUAGGUCUCUUAAAACACUUACUUCAUAAACACUUAUCCCAUAAACAUUGCAACCUAGAGUCUCCUGGGGUAUAUUCAGAUUAGUAAGCAUUAACUGUAGAACAGCACUAUGGGCUCAAAAAGCCAUCCCAGCUGCUACAAUAUAACAUCACUUCCCGCUCACUGAAAGAGCAGACCAAACACAUUGUUUCUUCUUUUUAAAAAGACAGUUAAAAAGAUGUUUCCAUUGCUUAUAUGUUUCACGUUUCAGCCUUUUUCUUUGUAUUUUACAAAGACAGAGUUGUCACAUAAUUUGCAUUGUACUACAUUAUUUGCUCAAAGGGUGUAAAAGAAUAAACCAUGAAAAACAACGUAUAUUGCUGCUGUAUUCAUUAGGUAGUCAUGAUGCUUCCUUGUGAGUCACAAAACAAUUCAUUUUAGUUACUGUAAUAAACCCAUUGUGAUUUAGAACUUUUAUCAAAGCACAGCAUAAUCUCAUAUUAUUUUGGAAUGUCCCUAGGAUCACAUCUUACAGCAGACCAUGUAAUUCUUCAGUAGGUUCUCCCAAAAACAUGUAGUGACUUACAUAUCCAUAAUCACUAGCAGUGUUUUGUAUUUACACAUUGUCUUUACCAAAUUCCAGAAAAUUAUGCGUAGCUUGGAUAAAAAUGAGCAAAAAGGCCAUGACAAAAUUUCUUGGUUAUCAUUGAAGGUAAACAAGAAUCUUUCUGAGAGAUACAGUUUUAAAAAUAAACAUUUUUCCCAAAUUCAGAUUAUCAAUACUGGCUCCCCUGCAUUACUUUGUGCACCCUUUCUAUUGUAACACUGGUUGAAAUAUGAG